AUGUUAUUUAUUAUUUUAAUUUUCUUAGUCGACAUUAUCAAAGCAGAGGAAUAAUUCCUAAUUAUCAUCAAUACAAAUCUGGGGAUCCACGAUGAUUUUGUAAAAACUCAUAUUGAAUUGGAUUCAAAAGAUAUUAAAAUCUUCUACACAGGAAUAAUUGAUCAAUAUCCUGCUUCUGCUGCUAGAUUUGAUCAUUUGACUUUUCGCGAUCAAAAUCAAUACUAGCUCUACGAACACGAAGUUCAUCAAUAGAAACACCAAUUAACAUGUUUUGAUUCAGAAUAUAAAGACACUUAGAUCGAAAAUGGAAUAAAUAGUUAUUAAAAAGUUUUAUCAAAAAAUGAGAAUAUUACUUUAGUCUUAGAUAACUCAUAAAUUCCAUGUAAUGGUUUUAUUUACGAAUCAAUUGAACCAUGGAUUACUGUGUUAAUGCAAUUUGGAAUAACAAAAACAUAUUUUUAUUUUAAAAUAUUCUUAAUCAUAACAAUUUUGUUCUCCUUUAUCAUACUUACUUCUGCAAUCAUACUGACUUGGUGGGAAAUAAAGAAAUUGGAAUAGAAGAUGAGAAGAAGAUCAUCGUUCCCAAGAAUAUUAUAAAAAUUAUAAAUCAAAUGA